CCGAUGAAGAAUCGGGAGAUGACGAUGACAGUAAGGUUCCAGAGGUUAAGGAGGACAAACCUGUUCCUUCUUUGCCAAUGAAACCAACUGAUCCAUUGACCACUACAACUAAACCAGGAGUACCCAUAGAUUCAGGAAAGGGCGGUGUUACACCUUAUUCCGAUGAAGAAUCGGAAGAUGACGAUGAAAGUAAGGUUCCAGAGGUUAUGGAGGACAAACCUGUUCCUUCUUUGCCAAUGAAACCAACUGAUCCAUUGACCACUACAACUAAACCAGGAGUACCCAUAGAUUCUGGAAAGGGCGGUGUUACACCUUAUUCCGAUGAAGAAUCGGAAGAUGACGAUGACAUUAAGGUUCCAGAGGUUAAAGAGGACAAACCUGUUCCUACUUUGCCAAUGAAACCAACCGAUCCACUGACCUCGACAGCCGACGGUUACAUUAAGGUUCCAGAGGUUAAAGAGGACAAACCUGUUCCUUCUUUGCCAAUGAAACCAACCGAUCCAUUGACCACUACAACUAAACCAGGAGUACCCAUAGAUUCAGGAAAGGGCGGUGUUACACCUUAUUCCGAUGAAGAAUCGGAAGAUGACGAUGACAGUAAGGUUCCAGAGGUUAAAGAGGACAAACCUGUUCCUACUUUGCCAAUGAAACCAACCGAUCCAUUGACCACUACAACUAAACCAGGAGUACCCAUAGAUUCAGGAAAGGUCGGUGUUACACCUUAUUCCGAUGAAGAAUCGGAAAAUGACGAUGACAGACAGGUUCCGGAGGUUAAAGAGGACAAACCUGUUCCUUCUUUGCCAAUGAAACCAACUGAUCCAUUGACCACUACAACUAAACCAGGAGUACCCAUAAAUUCAGGAAAGGGCGGUGUUACACCUUAUUCCGAUGAAGAAUCGGAAGAUGACGAUGACAGUAAGAUUCCAGAGGUUAAAGAGGACAAACAUGUUCAUUCUUUGCCAACGAAACCAACUGAUCCUUUGACCACUACAACUAAACCAGGAGUACCCAUAGAUUCAGGAAAGGGCGGUGUUACACCUUAUUCUGAUGAAGAAUCGGAAGAUGACGAUGACAGUAAGAUUCCAGAGGUUAAAGAGGACAAACCUGUUCCUUCUUUGCCAAUGAAACCAACUGAUCCAUUGACCACUACAACUAAACCAGGAGUACCCAUAGAUUCAGGAAAGGGCGGUGUUACACCUUAUUCCGAUGAAGAAUCGGAAGAUGACGAUGACAGUAAGGUUCCAGAAGUUAAGGAGGACAAACCUGUUCCUUUUUUGCCAUUGAAACCCACUGAUCCAUUGACCACUACAACUAAAUCAGGAGUACCCAUAGAUUCAGGAAAGGGCGGUGUUACACCUUAUUCCGAUGAAGAAUCGGAAGAUGACGAUGACAGUAAGGUUCCAGAGGUUAAAGAGGACAAACCUGUUCCUUCUUUGCCAAUGAAACCAACUGAUCCAUUGACCACUACAUCUAAACCAGGAGUACCCAUAGAUUCAGGAAAGGGCGGUGUUACACCUUAUUCCGAUGAAGAAUCGGAAGAUGACGAUGACAGUAAGGUUCCAGAGGUUAAGGAGGACAAACCUGUUCCUUCUUUGCCAAUGAAACCAACUGAUCCAUUGACCACUACAACUAAACCAGGAGUACCCAUAGAUUCAGGAAAGGGCGGUGUUACACCUUAUUCCGAUGAAGAAUCGGGAGAUGACGAUGACAGUAAGGUUCCAGAGGUUAAGGAGGACAAACCUGUUCCUACUUUGCCAAUGAAACCAACCGAUCCAUUGACCUCCACAGCCGACGGUUACAGUAAGGUUCCAGAGGUUAAAGAGGACAAACCUGUUCCUUCUUUGUCAAUGAAACCAACUGAUCCAUUGACCACUUCAACUAAACCAGGAGUAUCCAUAGAUUCAGGAAAGGGCGGUGUUAUACCUUAUUCCGAUGAAGAAUCGGAAGAUGACGAUGACAGUAAGGUUCCAGAGGUUAAAGAGGACAAACCUGUUCCUACUUUGCCAAUGAAACCAACCGAUCCAUUGACCACUACAACUAAACCAGGAGUACCCAUAGAUUCAGGAAAGGGCGGUGUUACACCUUAUUCCGAUGAAGAAUCGGAAGAUGACGAUGACAGUAAGAUUCCAGAGGUUAAAGAGGACAAACAUGUUCCUUCUUUGCCAAUGAAACCAACUGAUCCUUUGACCACUACAACUAAACCAGGAGUACCCACAGAUUCAGGAAAGGGCGGUGUUACACCUUAUUCUGAUGAAGAAUCGGAAGAUGACGAUGACAGUAAGAUUCCAGAGGUUAAAGAGGACAAACCUGUCACUUCUUUGCCAAUGAAACCAACUGAUCCAUUGACCACUACAACUAAACCAGGAGUACCCAUAGAUUCAGGAAAGGGCGGUGUUACACCUUAUUCCGAUGAAGAAUCGGAAGAUGACGAUGACAGUAAGAUUCCAGAGGUUAAAGAGGACAAACAUGUUCCUUCUUUGCCAAUGAAACCAACUGAUCCUUUGACCACUACAACUAAACCAGGAGUACCCAUAGAUUCAGGAAAGGGCGGUGUUACACCUUAUUCUGAUGAAGAAUCGGAAGAUGACGAUGACAGUAAGAUUCCAGAGGUUAAAGAGGACAAACCUGUUCCUUCUUUGCCAAUGAAACCAACUGAUCCAUUGACCACUACAACUAAACCAGGAGUACCCAUAGAUUCAGGAAAGGGCGGUGUUACACCUUAUUCCGAUGAAGAAUCGGAAGAUGACGAUGACAGUAAGGUUCCAGAGGUAAAAGAGGACAAACCUGUUCCUUCUUUGCCAAUGAAAUCAAUUGAUGCAUUGACCACUACAACUAAACGAGGAGUACCCAUAGAUUCAGGAAAGGGCGGUGUUACACCUUACUCCGAUGAAGAAUCGGAAGAUGACGAUGACAGUAAGGUUCCAGAGGUUAAAGAGGACAAUCCUGUUCCUUCUUUGCCAAUGAAAUCAACUGAUCCAUUGACCACUGCAACUAAACCAGGAGUACCCAUAGAUUCAGGAAAGGGCGGUGUUACACCUUACUCCGAUGAAGAAUCGGAAGAUGACGAUGACAGUAAGGUUCCAGAGGUUAAAGAGGACAAACCUGUUCCUUCUUUGCCAAUGAAACCAACUGAUCCAUUGACCACUACAACUAAACCAGGAGUACCCAUAGAUUCAGGAAAGGGCGGUGUUACACCUUAUUCCGAUGAAGAAUCGGAAGAUGACGAUGACAGUAAGGUUCCAGAGGUUAAGGAGGACAAACCUGUUCCUUCUUUGCCAAUGAAACCAAUUGAUCCAUUGACCACUACAACUAAACCAAGAGUACCCAUAGAUUCAGGAAAGGGCGGUGUUACAACUUAUUCCGAUGAAGAAUCGGGAGAUGACGAUGACAGUAAGGUUCCAGAGGUUAAGGAGGACAAACCUGUUCCUUCUUUGCCAAUGAAACCAACUGAUCCAUUGACCACUACAACUAAACCAGGAGUACCCAUAGAUUCAGGAAAGGGCGGUGUUACACCUUAUUCCGAUGAAGAAUCGGAAGAUGACGAUGAAAGUAAGGUUCCAGAGGUUAUGGAGGACAAACCUGUUCCUUCUUUGCCAAUGAAACCAACUGAUCCAUUGACCACUACAACUAAACCAGGAGUACCCAUAGAUUCUGGAAAGGGCGGUGUUACACCUUAUUCCGAUGAAGAAUCGGAAGAUGACGAUGACAUUAAGGUUCCAGAGGUUAAAGAGGACAAACCUGUUCCUACUUUGCCAAUGAAACCAACCGAUCCACUGACCUCGACAGCCGACGGUUACAUUAAGGUUCCAGAGGUUAAAGAGGACAAACCUGUUCCUUCUUUGCCAAUGAAACCAACCGAUCCAUUGACCACUACAACUAAACCAGGAGUACCCAUAGAUUCAGGAAAGGGCGGUGUUACACCUUAUUCCGAUGAAGAAUCGGAAGAUGACGAUGACAGUAAGGUUCCAGAGGUUAAAGAGGACAAACCUGUUCCUACUUUGCCAAUGAAACCAACCGAUCCAUUGACCACUACAACUAAACCAGGAGUACCCAUAGAUUCAGGAAAGGUCGGUGUUACACCUUAUUCCGAUGAAGAAUCGGAAAAUGACGAUGACAGACAGGUUCCGGAGGUUAAAGAGGACAAACCUGUUCCUUCUUUGCCAAUGAAACCAACUGAUCCAUUGACCACUACAACUAAACCAGGAGUACCCAUAAAUUCAGGAAAGGGCGGUGUUACACCUUAUUCCGAUGAAGAAUCGGAAGAUGACGAUGACAGUAAGAUUCCAGAGGUUAAAGAGGACAAACAUGUUCAUUCUUUGCCAACGAAACCAACUGAUCCUUUGACCACUACAACUAAACCAGGAGUACCCAUAGAUUCAGGAAAGGGCGGUGUUACACCUUAUUCUGAUGAAGAAUCGGAAGAUGACGAUGACAGUAAGAUUCCAGAGGUUAAAGAGGACAAACCUGUUCCUUCUUUGCCAAUGAAACCAACUGAUCCAUUGACCACUACAACUAAACCAGGAGUACCCAUAGAUUCAGGAAAGGGCGGUGUUACACCUUAUUCCGAUGAAGAAUCGGAAGAUGACGAUGACAGUAAGGUUCCAGAGGUUAAAGAGGACAAACCUGUUCCUUCUUUGCCAAUGAAAUCGACUGAUCCAUUGACCACUACAACUAAACCAGGAGUACCCAUAGAUUCAGGAAAGGGCGGUGUUACACCUUAUUCCGAUGAAGAAUCGGACGAUGACGAUGACAGUAAGGUUCCAGAGGUUAAAGAGGACAAACCUGUUCCUACUUUGCCAAUGAAACCAACUGAUCCAUUGACCUCGACAGCCGACGGUUACAUUAAGGUUCCAGAAGUUAAGGAGGACAAACCUAAAUCUAAAGACGGUAGCGAAGGAAUGCCGGUGAUAGUGGAGGGUUAUGUUGUUCCGUUGUUGUCGGGAAAAUCGCCCAAGUUUUCGGCCUCUGGUAGGCCAGGGCAAUCAGAUGAUGAUUCCGAAAAGGAGGAUAUUUCGAAUGCAAUAAUCGAAGAGAGCUCCGUCAAGCUUCAUGGUGCUGAUGAACCACCGGUCGGCAAUGGUCGUGCAAUUGCGUAUUUCGUUGACUUAAAAGAAAGUAGGGACUCGGUGUCACAAAAAGUUAGGAAACCUAGAAUUAAAAAGUCUUUACCAACUGAAAGUACCCCAAAGAUAUCCAUCGAGUCUAAAACGGCGAAAUCCACUAGUUCUAAUAAAUAUACUAGCUCCAAUACUCGCAAAGUGAAAACUAUAGUGAAAGAUGUUCCCAAAACGAAACUUCCAACUCAAAGUAGAAAGCAAAUAACGGAUAAGGUCUUCCCAGAAACAAAAUCAAAGCCAUCUAGAGAAAGUGAUAGUCCGACCACUAGGAAAUAUGAACGGGUUAUUACCGAUGCAACUAAUAUUUCCGCGUUGAACAAUCAGAUACGCCUAGAAAGAACAUUGAGUCCCUUGCCCAAGCAAACCUUCCUUGAUACAAGCGAAUCGCUAAGUCGUAGCACCACACCAAGGCCGCGCAUUCGAACUGAUGUUACUAGAGUUCCUCAAAACCAAACGCUGCGAUCUUUCAGUCCUCCACCAAAUCACCCGAAAGCUAACUAUUCUGGCAUAACUAGCGUAUACGCACACACACGCAAAGCUCAGGUGGUUCCACCUCGAACUAAGAAACCGAAAGAAGCUCCUAUCUCCAGAAGUUCCACACCCAACGACGACUCUCAGAGGAGACGUUUGAAGACACCCACCCCAUCCGGUGCUACUCACCAUUACAUGCAGCCCACCAUCGCCCAUAGUCGAAGAUAUGGCAGUCUAGGUCGCGCCGAAAGCAACGUCAGUUUGGACGAUAAGUCAAUAUCGAAGUCUACCAAGACGACAAGUCAAACAAAGGUCCCCACGCCCAUAAAAAAAACACGAUCCGAAAGACUGAAUUUUCAAUCCAACAAGUACAGUUCAAGCAAAGAGUCCAUUCUAAGCACUGCGUCCAAGUCCAAAGAAGACAAACCCAAGAUGACUGAUAAUAGAAAAAGACUAACUAGAACAAGUAGAACUCAAAUAUCCGCCCAAAUAACCAAAGAGAAAUCGGUCAAGAGCUCCGAGAAGAUAGAGCGUUUUACCAGGUCCAUAAUGGGGUCGACGACAGCAAACGUGUCCUAUGUGAGGCAAAUAUCGCACGAUAGAUCAAGCGCCGAAAAGAAAACACCACUAAAACCGAAAACAAAGGCAAAAGCGAUUGAAGAUAGUAAUAGGAAAAAGACGACAACUUCUCAGAGUACGACACCAGUAAAAGAGACAAGAACUACGACAACUAAAGUUCCGGUCCGAACAGCAGCUCCGAAACCCAACCGUCCGGACGAGACGGGUAAAACUCCCAGACCAAUUAAAUCCAAGCCAACUGGUGGACAAUCAGUAAAACGCUCCACGCCAAGUGGUGUAGAUGCAAAGGAGAAAAUCAACAAGACUGUUGACCUAAAAGUUCAAAAGAAAUUAAAAAAUACCGCCAAUCAAUCCAGCACCUCAACCACGUCGAGCAGUGUGUCAACGUCGUCCACCUCGAGGACAAUGCAAACUAGAAAGACCACUUCCAGUACUUCGGUCUCGACAGUGAAAAGAGAUAGCCAAAUUACAAAUAAGAGCGAGAAGGAGCUACUGAACGCAAGAUUGGCCGAGAAGAAGUCCAUCGCCCACGCAACCACCACCAGAGUGUCCACAGUCAGACUGCAUCGCGAGCCCAUUGCCAGCACGUUGGUGAGCACGGUCGUGCUUAACGACGACAACGAUUCAGAGAGCAAUGCUCGCUCGAUUCGCUCAAAUGAGAGCACGAAGAGUUCCAGUUCAUCCGCGGGCAGCCGUAAGGUAAUAACCAGUGAAGUAUUUACUAAAACCUGCGGUCCGGACAAGCCUUUCGAAGUAAUUUACCGCCAGCCGGACGUGGACUACAUCAGCAUGAUGCGCCCACAGUCGGUUGAGCAACGCUGCGUGUAUGAGCACGACGUCAGUUUUAUUGACACCACCGAUUCCAGUUUGUCAGACUCGGUUGCGUUGCCCAUAUUCACCUCAGACCAAGAUCGUCUGUGCAUAGCUAGUCCAGGGUCACCGAAACCGACCAGAAGUCCUUUUGCUUUGAUCGAGGAAACCCUGCGCCGACAACAAGCUGGUGGCUUUGCUUUGGACCCCACAUUGCAGCGGCAAUUCGAAGCCGUUGACAUGUUAACAUCGGCAUCGGGAAGCCCUUUGCCACCAUUGGGGGCUGAUGAUGACGCCACAAAAGGUAAACUAUUCUAUUAA